GUGUAUUUCACCCAGGGGCAAGGGGCUCUGCUGGACCCUGCUCAGAGAGCCCUCUACAGGGACAUCAUGCAGGAGAACUACGAGAUUUUGACCUCGCUGGGAUUUCCCAUUCCCAAACCUGAACUGAUCGCCCAGCUGGAACGAGGGGAAGAGCCGUGGGUGCCCGAUCUCCAGUCCUGCGAGAAAAGAGAGAUCUCGAGAGGUGACCGCACAGCAGGUGAUGAGAGAGUGAGUGAGAAUAAAGAGGAGAAUGAUGAUGCAGAAGUUCUUGGUAAAGUGGAAGCACAGGAGACCUUUAUGGGAAGUGCUGCAUGGAAUUUUUCCCACUGCUUCGAACAGAGAGAAGCCUUGGAAAAUUGGCAGAGGUCACAGAGGCUGCUGGUAAACCAUCUGGGAAAUCACCCAGAGAGGCUGCUGGGAAACUAUCCAGGGAAGAAAGUGGAUGAAUCUAUUAACUGUGGGGGAGGAGACAAGGAUCCCAGAGCGCAGCACACAAAUCCCAAGGAAGAGACACCCGGGGACGGCCUGCAGUGUGGGAAAAGAUUCAUUGUGAGCUCACAGCUUGUGACACAUCAGACAAUCCAUACUGGAGAGAAACCCCUUCAAUCCUUGGACCAUGGAGAAAGCUUCAAUAACCGCUUAGACCUUAAUAACCACGAGAGACGCCACAAAGAGGGGAAACCCUCUCAAUGUGUAACACAUCAGAGAAUCCACACAAGCGAAAGACUCUAUAAGUGUUUAGACUGUGGAAAAAGUUUCAUAUGGAGGUCAUCCCUUGUUAAACAUCAGAAAAUCCACACAGGAGAGAGACCCCAUAAGUGUUUGAACUGUGGGAAAAGUUUCAUACGGAGGUCAUCCCUUGUUUUACAUCAGGCAAUCCACACAGGAGAACGCCCCCAUAAGUGCUUAGACUGUGGGAAAAGUUUCAUACGGAGGUCAUCCCUUGUUAAACAUCAGAAAAUCCACACAGGAGAGAGACCUCAUCAGUGCUUGGACUGUUGGAAAAGUUUUAUACAUAGAUCUGAUCUUUUUAAACAUCAGGGAAUCCACACGGGAGAGAGACCCCAUAAGUGCUUAGACUGUGGAAAAAAUUUCAUACGGAGGGAGGCUAGAAGUGAGACUGAGCCCUGGUAG